AUGUGCCUUCUGAUAUUCUACACAACAAAUUUCCAUCUGAGCACCCCUGCGCCACCUGUUUCUGACAACUGUGCAAUCACAGUUAUGGUUGGUGGAGAGCCAUACACUCUUGGGCUUUCUGAUACUGCAGGGCAAGAGGAUUACUACAGCAUACGACCACAGAGUUAUUCACCAACAGAUGUACUUCUAGUCUGUUAUUCAGUGGUUGCUCCACCCUCAUCUGAAAAUGUGAAGGGAAAGAGGGGACCUGAGAUAACUCACCACUGUCCAAACAUUCUUUUCUUGCUGGGUGAGACCCAAAUUGAUCUCAGAGAUGACUCCUCUAUGAUUGAGAAACUUGCCAAGAACAAACAGAAGCCUGUCACUCCAAAGACUGCUGAAAAGUUGGCCCAUGACCUGAAGGUGGUCAGAUAUGUGGAGUGUCCUGCACUAGCACAAAAAGGCUUAAAGAAUCUAUUUGACUAG